UUGGUCACACUGUAUAGAUUUUUCUGCGUAAUUUUUGUGAUAGUGAUAUAUUUUGAUUAGUGGAAAACAAAGCAGCGAGCAACGAAAACGGAAUAAAUGCAGCUAGAAAAGCAACGUUCAAAAUAUGAGUCGAAAGGGAACAAUAGAUCAAAAUGAUACAUCGCUAAUCAUUGGAACUCUACCGAAACGGCUACAGAAAAGAAUCGCUGCCAGCUGUAGCCUACAACACAGCCACGACGCAGCAGAGGAUGUUGAAAAUGCGGAACCAGCAGCGACGCUAGCAGCAACAGCAGCGACGGCAGCAGCCACCGCAGCAACAACAGCCACAUCAAGGCCAGUGAAAAUUUUAAGCAAGCCAAAAGGAAAUGCGCCCGUUUUGGAUACCAGCGGGUGCAGUAAGGACGUGGGCAUUCCAGGCAUACUGCGUGUGAAUGCCAGUUCAGCUGAGGACGGAGAUAAAGCCAAGUUUAUGAAUGGCGCAACACGUAGACGCGGACGUUCGCAUCCUGUGCGACUCCAGCAGAAGCAAGAGGAGCAGAUGCCGCUUUCGCCACUCUCCCGAGUGCGUUUGACUACCGAGCAUCCGGUGUGGUUUGAGCAACUGUUGAACAUGCCCAAUGCCAAGAUCAUUAUUCAGCUGUACGAUCAACUGAUGGUGCUGCAACAACGUAAUCUCAUUCUUAUCAAUUGGAAGACUUUUUGCAGUCUGCAAGCGCAGUUGCAUGAAGCAUUUUGUUGGCUGCUCCUUGAGCAGUUAAAGUUCGUUUGCGAACACAAGGUGGAUGCCUUUUUUUGGAAACUACUUUUCUACAAUGUACGCGACUAUCUCAAGCGACAGCAUACGGAUGUGGCGCAGCAACACACACUGCUGCUCAUCGAACUAUCGGUGAAGUUCUAUCGCGGUCUCUAUGAGAAACUCAUGGCCAAAUACAUUUCAUCGCGUUGCGAGAGCGCCGUCAGAGUGGUAGCUCAACGAUUGCUCAUCUGUCUGGGCGACUUGUCGCGCUAUCGUGCCAAUCACUUGCAGCUCACCGACUUUGCCGAAGCCUGCAAAUACUAUCAACGCGCCCAGGAAUUGGUGCCGGGCAACGGAGCACCCUAUAAUCAGCUGGCUAUCAUUUCCAUUUAUAAUCACAAACGCUUCGAUGCUGUUUAUUAUUAUAUGCGCAGCCUGCUGACUUCCAAUGCUAUACAGUCGGCCAAGGAAAGCCUGUUGGAUUUAUUCGAUGAGAUACGUCGCAAGUACGAGGAGACCGAGAUGAAGCAAUCGCCAAUGCAUUGCAUUUUGGGUAAGCCUAAGAAAUCGAAGCAGAUGCGUCGCGAAGUCUGGAUUUAUCCCGAUGGUGUGCGUCGUUUGCAUCGCACCGAUGUCAAGGGAAAGACCAAGAACAAGAUAGCCGAAUGCAAUCGCUACGAUGAAAUGUCACCAGAGGAACUGCUACCGCGUGUUGUCUCUUUGUACAUGUAUUUGGUUGGCAAACUAUUUACGGCAACAGACAUGGAAUGCAUGUAUCAGCUACUUGCCAAGCUGCAGAUUCAACUGGGCGCCGCUCUAAAGUUCACCUGCUUCAUGUCGCGUACAAAACUCUUGAAAAUGGUAGCGCUUAAUGUGUUUGUGUUGGAGCAUAACAAGCGAAGAGUUGAAAGGCGUGAGAUGCGUUAUCAUAGCUUCAAUUUUGCCAAUUCAUUGUUUGGUCUCAUGCUGAGUAAGGCAAACCAAGUAUUUUCUAGUCUAUUGGAUGACUCAACCGAUCCGCAGCGCUUGACCGAUGAUGACUGCACACGGCUCAAUACUUAUUUGCAGUUUGUCAAGAUCUAUAUGCAAUGGCUGACCAUCAAUGUUGACCUUUGGGAGCCAGUGCGCUCGGAGGAUCACUCAACCAUUGACUGCUGGGCAGAGCUGCAGAUUCUAUUUGAGCAUGUUGAAGGCGUGUACAACAGACUCGAAGGCGAAAUGGAUAGCAAUCCGUCGAAUAUCCUUUUGGAUGAGGACUAUGUGCUGAAUGGAUUUGAGCCAUUGGGUCGUGAGGUCUACAAAAAGGAGUGCUAUCAACGUGGUUCAGAGCGUGAACAAUUUAUUGAACGCAUACGCAGAAUUAUGCAAUUUCAAGAGAUCUAUAAUCAACAUCAGGAUGCGUUGCAAUUGCCACUGGAUGAGAGCUUCACCAUUGAGGAUUUGAAUGCAGCCAUGCAGGUGGCGCUUGAGGAUUUUGGUGCUGAACGUUGUAGACAGAAAGAAACUUGCACAAUACUGCCUGAAGUAGCAGACGAUUCGCUUUCAUCGAAUAUUGCUGAUGCAGAUGUUACACAGCUGUGUAGAUUAAAGAAACAACUGGAGGCAAGGGCCAAAGUUAAGCAGAUUUGCAACAGCAAGCUGGAGGAAAUUCUAAAGCUGGUUGAUUCCAAGCUGUACAUUGAGGUGCGACCACGCUACCUAUUGCCAGACACCAACUGCUUUAUAGAUUGUCUGGAGGAUAUAGAAAAGUUAUCCCAACGCUAUACGGUCAUUAUACCACUGACGGUGGUAAAGGAACUAGAUGGGCUAUCGAAGGGCUGUAAGCUGGAAUCGUAUCGCAGCUCGAAGCAGAAUCAGCGCAUUCAUCAUUUUGACGAAGUUUCAUCGCGUGCCAAGAAAUCGCUUGAAUUUAUGCGAUCUACCAAAAAUAGUGUGAAAUUUGCAACCACGAAGGGCUCCACAAUCAAUGCCAAUUUGUUUGCACUUGUUGAGGAGUCAUAUGCUUCCAAUGAUGACAAAAUAUUGGCCACUGCUGUUGCUGUCUCCAAGAAUGUUAGCUCUGAGCAGUGCAGAGAUGGAAAAUGUUUCAUUCAAACUGAACUUGUGCUAAUAACGACCGAUAGAAAUUUGCGGGUUAAGGCCCUGGCGCGUAACCUGGCCGUCAGCUCCCUGGACGAGUUUCUGCAGUGGGCCAAGGAUUGUCGCGAAUCAUCAACUUGAGCCUUAAUCAGGGACGGGUAAUUGCGAUGCGGACAAUUGUACCAGGUUCAUUCAACUGCGCAAGCCGGCUGUGAAGAGCGGGCAUUGUGCUUUCAAUAUUAACAUCAUUAGACGUAUUUGGACUAUGUAUGUUGUGGCCAUCAGCCCCAGCACAUAAAACAUACAUAUAAAGCAGACGUCGGUCUGUCUGUCUUUGAAGUCGGACCAGUGUGUUAGGUUCGCGACUUGAAGCGGCUAUAGCCUAAUCGAGUGAAUUGGUCAUCCCCAGGCACAAUUUUGGCCAAACAGACAUACAUAUCAACAUUUGCUUCCUAGUUUCUUCUUAUGUGCAUUUUGUGACUUAUGUUAAAAAAUAAAAUGGUUGCGUAUUCAAA